GUGAUUCUCAAAAUGGAUCGAAUGGAGCAUAUAGACUCGAGAUAUGAGAGUCAUGAGCCGGAAGAUCUAGGCAAAUGGCCCAACAAUAUUGUAACAUGGCAUGGAGAGAAGGACCCCGAAAAUCCCAUGAACUGGCCUGUGAGGAGUAAGAUCAGAAUUACUGUCAUGCUUGGAUUUACGACAAUGGGUGCUGCUUUUGCUUCCUCUUCAUUCAGUCCCACAUUCGAUCAAGUUGCAGCAGAAUUCGGUGUUAGCACUGAAGUCACCACUCUUUCUCUAUCACUCUUCGUUCUCGGAUUUGCUUUUGGACCAUUGAUCUUUGCUCCAGUCUCCGAGCUCUAUGGCAGAAAAUUGUCAUUCCUGCCUGCGUACUUUAUCUUCGGAAUCUUCUUGAUCGGAGUAGCUACGGCCGAAAAUCUGCAAACAAUUAUGAUAUGUCGCUUCUUUGCAGGAUUGAUGGCAUCGGCUCCCAUUUCGAAUGUGGCUGGUGCUCUUGCCGAUUUAUGGAAUGACCACGAUCGUGCUUUGGCUGUUGUUGGAUAUUCUGUCGCUGUAAUUGGUGGGCCUACAGUUGGGCCUUUGGUUGGGUCAGCCAUCACUACGAGUUACCUUGGUUGGAGGUGGACUGAAUACAUUACUGCGAUUUUGAUCUUCCUCAUUUUUGCUAUAGAUCUCUUCUUCCUCCCUGAAACCUAUGCUCCCGUACUCCUACAGCGGAAAGCCAAACAUCUUCGCUAUGAAACUGGCAAUUGGGCGCUGCACGCACGCAUCGACGAAGAAGAGCUAACCGCAAAAUCAAUUGUGGAGAAGCAUCUUUCAAUGCCGCUCAUGAUGCUCGUAUCCGAACCUAUCAUUCUUUGCCUCGCAAUUUACAAUGCUUUCGUGUACGGUAUUCUUUACCUUCUCUUCGAAGCUUUUCCUAUUGAGUAUGAAGAAAUUCGUGGGUGGACUCCAGUUCAAGGCUCCCUUGUAUUCCUCGCUGUCCUUGUUGGUGUCUUGGUCUCUGGAUGCAUCCAAGCUUCAUACCAACCCUUCUUCUGGAAGCAACUCGACAAAGCUCAUGACAAAGGCUUAAAAAACGACCCAGAAGCACGAUUACCUCCCAUGAUGCUCGGAGCCGUCCUUUUUGCAGCGGCGUUAUUCUGGGUCGGUGGUGGUGCCGGCACAGACAAGUCACCGGCAAUUGGUAUUGUAGGCGCUGGAUGUAUUGGAGCAGGAUUUAUUCUGAUCUUCCAGAAUGCAGUCAAUUACCUCAUUGAUGCAUUUACAGUCCACGCAGCCUCAGCUCAAGCAGCAAACACUUUUCUGCGAAGUUUAGCAGGUGCUGGAUUCUCGCUUUUUGCUACGCCUAUGUUCAAGAAUCUGGGUGUGGACUGGGCGAGCUAUUUGCUUGGAUUCAUUGCUGUAGCUUUGAUUCCCAUUCCAGUGCUGUUUUAUGUGUUCGGCCCGAAGCUGAGGGGUAUGUCGAGAUAUAACCCAGAGAAGAGAAGAAGGAGUUAAGCGAAGAAAAGGAAAGGUAGCAAUGUUUAAUGACG